AAAAACAUUACAAAAACAUAUCAAACGUUUGAUAAAAACACUGAUUUUUUCUUCAACUUCUGAUCACUUCGAUGACUGGAAAGCGAAACCAAUCGAGCCCGAUUGGCAGCCCGUCGUCGGGGAACAUCUCCGACAGCUCCUCGAAGGAGCAUGAUCGGUUUCUGCCUAUUGCGAAUGUGAGUAGGAUCAUGAAAAAGGCCUUACCCGCCAAUGCGAAAAUCUCCAAGGAAGCUAAAGAUACUGUCCAAGAAUGUGUUUCCGAGUUCAUUAGCUUCAUCACUGGGGAGGCCUCAGACAAGUGCCAAAGAGAGAAGCGGAAGACCAUCAAUGGCGACGAUCUUUUGUGGGCGAUGACAACGUUAGGGUUCGAGAAUUACGUUGGAACCUUGAAGACUUACCUCAACAAAUAUCGAGAAACCGAAGGUGAAAAAAACUUGAUGCCUCGACAAGAUGAUCAUCAUCAAACUCUCGUCACCAGCAUGAACCACGAAGAAAUUCAUAAAAUGAAUGGUUCUUUAUCAGUUUCAAAGGCAGAUUUUCAGAAUUUUAACAUGGGAUUUUACUCCCUUGGGGCACAAGCAGCUGCAAAAAGUAUUGGAGAGGGCACAAGGGUGAUCAGCUACGGAGAAAAUUUGGGCACAGAAGGGUUUAAUUUCAGCAGGAUUCACCAUGAAAAUGGAGAAGGAAAUGGAAACAGAGCAGCCUUGGCAGCUGCUCAUGUUCAUGGAGGAGUUGAUUGGUAGAGAUUUUGGAAAGAAAUAAUUAAUACCAGCAAUUUUUAUAUUAAUAUAUGUGUAAGUUGAUUUCUUGUUGCUCCUGUUUAAUGAUUUAACAAUAAUUUUUAUAUAUAA